AAUUGCCAUAAGUUCGAGCUAGCUUUUGUGGCUAUCACAAAACCAAAGAAAAGUUAUCCAAGUUCCAAAGGAAUAAUCUGUUAAUAUUCCAGGCUUUCUAGUUAAGGUUGCCUUCUGGCUGUUACAGAACUAGAAGUGAAAAACUUUGGGAGGUGAAAACUCAGGUUCUGUUUUAAUAAUCACCCGCAAACUCAGUCACCAGCCCACCAUGAUUCAUACAUUUUCCAUCUCAUAUUUCUGUCCACCCCACCUCCCAAAAACUCUCCCUAUUUGCCCUCCCACAAUCACCGUCCCUUCUACUGAUUUUCUUGCCAAUAAUCGUACAAGAAAAAUCACUUCCAAUCAAAUAAAGAAAUGGGUCCUACAGAGCAGUGAUAAUCCAACGGCGGUGAUUACAUCUCCACCUGAUGAUGUUGCUACUGGAAUGGAGUCAGCAUCAAGCGUCGUGAGGAAGUUUUAUCAGGGAAUCAACCGCCGUGAUUUGGCUUCUGUGGAGCCACUUAUUGCUAAUAAUUGUGUGUAUGAGGACCUUGUCUUCCCUCGACCAUUUGUUGGCCGCGAGGCAAUCGUAGAAUUCUUCAAGAAAUUCAUUGAUUCAAUCAGCACGGAUUUGCAGUUUGCUAUUGAUGAUAUAUCUGAGGAGGAUACCUCAGCUAUUGGGGUAACUUGGCAUUUGGAAUGGAAUGGAAAAACUUUUCCUUUCAGCAAAGGAUGCAGCUUUUAUCGGUUAGAAGUGAUAAAUAGCCAGAGGCAAAUAGUUUAUGGGAGAGACAGUGUUGAACCUGCUAUCAAACCUGGAGAGACAGCUCUGGUUGCUAUCAGAAGUGUUGCUUGGCUGCUGCAAAAAUUCCCAAACUUGGCAGACCGGUUAUGACUGUAGCUUGAAAUGUUAAAUUGCUACUAAUAACAUUCCAAAAUUUGUUAAUCGGAGUAGAUAUCAACCUGUACAGCAAACAAGGUUGGUGAAAGAAAAACUGGUACAUGAUUUAAUUAUUUGUACUGCACAAAUGUUCACGGUUCAAAUUUAAGUACCCAUAAUCGUUACUUAAUUGCAGGUAUGUACAAAAAUUGAAUUAUAUCAAAUUUCUCUGCAAAAUUUGGUUUAUUUUCUCUUAUCACCCGUAGGAUAAGUGGAAAACCAAUUGCAACUGUAUAUGAGGGUGAGUUAUUUCAAACAGAAAAAUUCAGUGUCAA